AACAUGAGUCAUCUGAAGUUAUUUGUGGCUACACUGAAGAGGCAUGGCACUAAACUCCUGGAAAAGCAAGAUAUAGCCGGAAGGGUAUUUUCACAUGGCCAACGGUAUGCUUCAUCAGGAACCUCAGAACCAUUCCUGAGUGGGAGUAAUUCAAAUUAUGUGGAGGAAAUGUAUUACGCAUGGCUUGAAAACCCUAAAAGUGUACAUAAGUCCUGGGAUUUGUUUUUCCGAAAUGCUAAUGCUGGCCAAGCAUAUGAUCCCCAUCUACCAGAUCAGUUGGAAAGAAAGGCAUCGUUUCUUCAGAGCCAUGGCCUGGCCCAGACACCAGGUAAAGCUGAAAAGGUUGUUGAAGAUCACCUUGCUGUGCAAUCUUUGAUAAGAGCAUACCAAAUUCGCGGCCAUCAUGUGGCUCAGCUGGAUCCCCUUGGAAUUCUGGAUGCAGACUUGGAUUCAUUUGUUCCAUCUGACUUAAUCACUACAAUCGAUAAACUUGGGUUUUAUGGUUUGCAUGAAUCAGAUUUGGACAAAGUCUUCCAACUGCCUACGACCACCUUCAUAGGAGGAAAUGAGAACAGUCUUUCUUUACGAGACAUCAUCAAACGGCUGGAGAAUACCUACUGCCAACACAUUGGCUUGGAGUUUAUGUUCAUCAAUGAUGUGGAACAGUGCCAGUGGAUCCGUCAGAAGUUUGAGACUCCAGGAGUUAUGAAGUUUACUAAUGAGGAAAAAAGGACUCUGUUGGCAAGGCUGGUGCGCUCAAUGAGAUUUGAAGACUUCCUUGCUCGCAAGUGGUCUUCCGAAAAGAGAUUUGGUUUGGAAGGAUGUGAAGUAAUGAUUCCUGCACUUAAGACCAUCAUCGAUAAAUCCAGUGAAAUGGGAAUUGAAUAUGUUAUAAUGGGGAUGCCUCAUAGAGGUAGGCUGAAUGUAUUGGCUAAUGUAAUACGAAAAGAGCUGGAGCAGAUCUUCUGUCAGUUUGAUCCCAAACUUGAAGCAGCUGAUGAGGGAUCUGGGGAUGUAAAAUAUCAUCUGGGAAUGUAUCAUGAGAGGAUCAACCGAGCAACAAACAAGAAAAUCACUCUGUCCCUGAUGGCUAACCCUUCUCACUUGGAAGCGGUUGAUCCUGUUGUGCAAGGGAAGACAAAAGCCGAACAGUUUUAUCGAGGGGAUACGGCAGGGAAAAAGGUUAUGUCCAUAUUAUUACAUGGGGAUGCUGCCUUUGCAGGACAAGGAGUGGUUUAUGAGACAUUUCAUCUUAGUGACCUCCCAUCCUACACCACAAAUGGCACUAUUCAUGUUGUGGUCAACAACCAGAUUGGCUUCACCACAGACCCCCGUAUGGCCCGUUCAUCUCCAUAUCCUACUGAUGUUGCUCGUGUGGUUAAUGCUCCCAUUUUUCACGUAAAUGCUGAUGACCCUGAAGCAGUCAUGUAUGUGUGCAGUGUAGCUGCAGAAUGGCGAAACACAUUCAAUAAAGAUGUAGUGGUUGACUUGGUUUGUUACCGUAGGAGAGGACACAAUGAAAUGGAUGAACCAAUGUUCACCCAGCCUCUAAUGUACAAGCAGAUUCAUAAACAGGUGCCGGUGUUGAAGAAGUAUGCUGACAAACUGAUUGCAGAUGGGACUGUAACCUUGCAGGAGUUUGAGGAAGAAAUUGCAAAGUAUGAUAGAAUAUGUGAAGAAGCAUAUACCAGAUCUAAAGAUAACAAGAUCCUACAUAUAAAGCAUUGGCUUGAUUCACCUUGGCCUGGAUUCUUUAACAUGGAUGGAGAACCCAAGAGCAUGUCUUGUCCUCCAACUGGCAUUUCAGAAGAUCUGCUGACUCACAUUGGCAAUGUAGCUAGUUCAGUGCCAGUCAAAGACUUCAAAAUACAUGCAGGACUCUCUCGGAUUUUGAAAGCCCGCUUGGAAAUGACCAAGAACAGGGUUGUUGACUGGGCAUUAGCAGAAUACAUGGCUUUUGGCUCUUUUCUGAAAGAAGGGAUCCAUGUCCGACUAAGUGGACAGGAUGUGGAGAGGGGUACUUUUAGCCAUCGUCAUCACGUGCUUCAUGAUCAAGAAGUUGACAAGAGAACGUGUGUUCCCAUGAAUCACCUCUGGGAGCAGCAGGCCCCCUAUACUGUGUGCAACAGCUCCCUUUCCGAAUAUGGUGUCUUAG